AAGUUUUUUUUGAUGAAUUAUAAAUUGUAAGUUGGUGAGGUAUCUAAGAACAGGAACCAACCAUUCGCCAACUCACGGUUCUCAAAAAAACCUCAGGUUUUGAGCUCUUGAUCUGCUGGAUUUGUUGUCACUUUGUGGAAAUCGGUUCCUGUGUUCUCAGAUUCGUUGGAAGUGUCAACUGGUUUUCAUUUUCCGAAUCAAAACUCUUGCCGUAGAGCUCAAACAAAAUCAAGGUAUAGUUAUUGUGACCAGUGGAGCUACAAUCUAGUUUCCGCUUAAUGUUUCCUUGAUUUCGGCUUGUGAAGAAAAAAAAUAAGAGGUUUUGAUUUCUAACACGGGUGACUUUCAGUUUGGAUAGCAAUAAUUUUUCUGAGAAAAUGGGGAUCCCAAGUAUAAAAAAGUAUCUUUCGUGAUGUAUCUGCUAAACUUGUGUUAAGACAUAGUGAGAUUUCUGUGAGAUUUUCGUCUGAUCAUGGAGAAAUAGGUUGCAGAAUACAAGGCAUUGUAUUUUUUUUGAGAUUUACCGUAAAGUUCAGGGAACUUUUGUGUAUGAUCAUGGAGAGGCAGAGUAGCUUUAAGGGUGCUACGAUGGAGAAACAACAGAGUUUUCGCGAGGUAGAUGAAAAGAAGGCUCAUCCUCGUGGGGCAAUGGAAAAACAGCUGAGUUUUCGAGGGGUUAUGGAGAAGCAGAAGAGUUUUCGAGGAUUUAUGGAGAAACAGAAAAGCUUUCGGAUAGUGAUGGAGAAGCAGUUGAGUUUCAUAGGUGGUGAGAGGAAGAAAGGCAAGGACUCACCGGGAAAAAGGGGCGACUUGCCCUUCCAUUUGGCGGCUCGGGCAGGGAAUUUAAGUAGAGUGAGAGAGAUCCUUCAGACUUGUGAUGGUAAUGAGGCAAAGGAAUUGUUGGCGAAGCAGAACCAAGAGGGGGAAACUGCCCUUUAUGUUGCGGCAGAGAAUGGGCAUGCUUUGGUUGCUGGCGAGAUGUUGAAACAUUUGGACCUGCAAACUGCAUCUAUUGCUGCAAGGAACGGCUAUGAUCCAUUCCAUGUUGCCACGAAGCAGGGCCAUCUUGAGGUGUUGAAGGAACUUUUGCAUGUGUUCCCCAACUUGGCCAUGACUACAGAUCUCUCCAAUUCAACUGCCUUACACACAGCUGCUAUUCAGGGGCACAUUGAUGUAGUCAACCUUCUUUUGGAAACAGACUCCAACCUCAUUAAGAUUGCCAGGAACAACGGCAAGACUGUUCUUCAUUCGGCAGCAAGGAUGGGACACUUGGAGGUUGUGAAGUCCCUGCUAAACAAAGACCCAAGCACUGGUUUUAGGACUGAUAAAAAAGGCCAAACUGCAUUGCACAUGGCUGUGAAAGGGCAAAACAAAGAGAUUGUGCUGGAAUUGAUAAAACCUGAUUCAUCAGUUUUGAGUCUGGAGGAUAAUAAGGGAAACACAGCAUUGCAUAUUGCCAUAAGUAAGGGCCGUAUUCAGAAUGUACGUUGUUUGUUAUCAGUUGAGGGUAUAGACAUCAAUGUAAUGAACAAGACUGGAGAGACCCCGCUUGACAUCGCAGAAAAAUAUGGAACUCCAGAGCUCGUCUCUGUUUUAAGGGAAGCAGGGGCCACCAAUUCUAAAGACCUAGGAAAAACUCCAAGUGCAGCAAAGCAACUUAAGCAGACAGUCAGUGACAUAAAACACGAUGUCCGAACACAACUUCAACAGACACAUCAAACUGGUGUCAGGGUCCAAAAAAUUGCAAGGAGGCUAGAAAAGCUUCACAUCAGUGGACUCAACAAUGCUAUAAACUCUGCAACUGUAGUUGCUGUUCUCAUAGCUACCGUUGCUUUUGCAGCCAUCUUUACUGUACCUGGCCAGUACGUUGAGGAGAAAACAGAGGGGACUUCGCUUGGACAGGCCCAUAUAGCAAAAAAAGCGGCUUUCCUACUCUUCUUUGUGUUUGAUAGCCUGGCAUUAUUUAUUUCCCUGGCUGUUGUUGUAGUCCAAACAUCUGUGGUUGUGAUAGAACAGAAGGCGAAGAGGCAGCUUGUGUUUGUGAUUAACAAACUAAUGUGGCUGGCUUGUCUCUUCAUUUCAGCUGCCUUCAUUUCUCUGACAUACGUGGUGGUGGGCUUGCAUGGCCAAUGGCUUGCUGUGUGCACUACAGUAAUAGGUUGCACAAUCAUGCUCACUACCAUUGGCUCCAUGUGCUAUUGUGUCAUUUUACAUAGAAUGGAGGAGAAGAAAUUGAGGAACAUAAGGAAAACUGAGAGCCGAUCAUAUUCUUUGUCUAUUUCUAGGGCCUCGGAUCCUGAAAUUUUGAACAGUGAAUAUAAGAGGAUGUAUGCACUCUGAGGUCAAUGGCGGAGAAAUACAGAAGUUGGAUGGAUGGGGCGGGCUGUCAUUCCUCAAUCUAUAGCUUAACAUAAUCAUCUGCUCCUCCGGCUCAAGUAAACAAUAUAUGAAGAUAUGAAACAAGCACCUGUCAUCAGCAAACUAGAGCCCAGAGCGUCAUCUCGUGCUGGCUUUGCACCUUCACAUGAACACUUCACAUUUCCCUCAUAUGUCAGGUCCCUAAGUAUUGACAUGCCACGACAUAGAUAAGCAAUCAAACUAUAUCCUAAAGUUGAUAUAGAGUUUGCUAGAAGCUCACCAGCAGAUUAAGGUGUGAACAAUUAAUGCCUGUUUUUGAGUUUAUGCAUAAUCCAUUUAUGUGCAAAUGAUGUUGUGGCUUAUGUGUGUUGAUUGGGACAUUGUGUAUCAUAAGGUUCAGUUAGUGUGCCAUGCUACCUUGGCAUGGGGCCUUAGAAA